AGAGCCACCGCAAUCGCAUCGUGCUAGGGUUUAAGCAGCAGCAGCAGCAGCCUCGCCGCCUCCAGAUCCCCAACCCAAACCCUCGAACCCUCGAAUCCGGAGAGGAACUCGCCGCCGACGACAGCCAAGAUGUUUCUCGGCGCGAUGCCCCGGAAGCCGAGCAAGGAGGCGGCGUACAAGGAGCUGCGCUUGCACCUCAGCAUCAUGGCGGGCUGCAUCGCCGUCAUCCGCGCCGCCCCCUACAUCCUCCACUACCUCACCCGCGAGCCCGGCAUGACGGAGCUCAAGCUCGAGCUCUAGGGCGGCCCCGCUGCCCCCCCCGCCCCCUGAGGUGCGACUGGGAUGUUGAAGUUGCUCUCAGGAUCAGGCUUUGAAGUACCUUGUGAAACAUGAAAUUAGUUUUCCUUUAGUAUUUCGUCUUUCUAUAGCGUGAGAAUUCAAUGACAGUGUCUGCAUAAACUCGGUUGGUAAUGAUUACCACUGCCCUGGCAACUUUGUGGAUUUUUAA